UGAAAAACUUGAAGAAAAUGGCGAAUUUCCAAAGCGAGAGUUGGCUGCUCUUGUUGUAUCCAAAGUUUACUUUCAUUUAGGAUCUUAUUUAGACUCCCUCACAUAUGCAUUGAGAUCAGGUCCAAUGCUGCAUCAGGAUAGGAACCAGCUCUACAUAGAUACAAUCAAAGUUCAUGCCAUUGACCAUUACAUCAAGCUGAGGGCACAAAAAGAUGCAAAGAUGGAUGCCAGAUUAGAAGAGCUGCUCAACAACAUGUUCAAACGUUGCAUCACUGACCAGCAGUACCGCCACGCCAUUGGCAUUGCGCUAGAAACUCACCGCAUGGAUUGGUUCCGAGAGGCUAUCAUGACUUCUGAUGAUAUUGUUGGAAGUCUAACAUACUCCUACAAGAUUGCCAUGCAGUACAUUGAGCAGCGUAAAUUCCGUGAUGAAGUUCUAGAGGAGCUUGUCUCUCUGUACCAGGGCUUAGAAACUCCUGAUUACGUAAACAUGUGUCAGUGCUUGAUUCACCUGGACAAGCCCCAUGAAGUUGCUUCCAUUCUUGACAAACUGAUCAAAAACGACAGUCUAAAGAGUGAGGCAAUGGAUAAUGAGUUAAUGGCCUACCAGAUUGGCUUUGAUCUGUAUGAAAGCGCCACACAAGAUCUCCUUUCCCAUGUUCGCCAAGGCCUUCGAACCACUGCUCCCGUGCCCUCCCUCCUGAAGGAUGUUGAUGCUGUAACUAGUACCUCUACAACCUCAGCAGCACCAGCAGAGGGUUCUACCUCAGGUACUAAUGAGGAUGAGGAAAUGGCAACCCCACAAACAGAAGAAGAGAAUGCCGAUACAGCCAUGAGUGAAGAGAAGACAUUGGAUGAUUUGACUGAAUUGGAGAAGACUCACCAGAACCGUGUUGCAAAUCUAGCAAGAAUUCUUAGUGGGGAGAUGACCAUUGAGCAACACCUUCAGUUUCUUAUUGCCAAUAACCACACUGAUAUGCUGAUAUUACGACAUACAAAAGAAGCUGUGAGAGCUUCUGUAUGUCACACUGCAACUGUUAUUGCAAAUGCAUUUAUGCAUUGUGGAACAACUUCUGACCAAUUUUUAAG